UUAGAUCUGUACUUGCAUGCUCUACUAAAGUGAUUUCAAUGCUUUUUCUUUUAUAAAGUGCUUUGAUAUCAUGUGAAUUUCACUGUUUCAAUGAUUAUUUCUGUUUUUUUCUUCUAUGAAGAAUGGGAGGAAUCGAAUCUGAAAAGUUAGGGUUUUUCAAUAAAAAAAAUUAGUACCCAUAAAAAUGAUUUUUCUAUUUUUUUCUCUGUUGUUUAUGAAGAAUCUAAUCUGAAAAGUUAGGGUUUUCAAUAAAAAAUGAUUAGUACCCAUAAGAAUGAUGCUCUUGCCCUGAGUUGUGGAGGCAAUUUUUGUUGUAAAGUUGAAAUUUUUAUGUUUAUCGGGAACAACAGGUUUGCGUCAUAAUUUUCUUAAGCGUUUGUACUUUGUACUAUUGCUUAAUGAAUAAUAAGAAAUGUAAUGGUUAACGUAGCCGAUUCAAAAUUCUAGUACCAAUAUUAAAAGCUAUACUGUUUUGUCCUUAUUUGCUUUAUUUCAAUUCUGAUUCAUGCGAACACGGUAGUAAUACUUCUCUUAACACGUCAUAUAAAAGUUAGCAGGUACUAGCUGUAGCAGUUGUGAUAUUGAUUAAUUUCCAUCAUCUGACCAUGAACUUAGUUUCUGUUAGGCGUUUGUUUACUUGUAAUAUCCGGACAAUGAUAAUGAUGGUGCAGUAGUUGGAAAUAGUAGCUUAACAAUAGUGAUUUGGUAUAGUUUGUGUUGCAUGUGUAUGGGGUUUGUUAAUGAUGACCUGAACUUAAAACAUAGCGUAUUAUUGGCUAAUCUUAUUGCUAGUGGAUCCGUUAUUCUGAGCAACAUUUGCAAGUUAUGAACCCAUUCAUUUGUUUUGCAUAAUGCAUGUUGCAUGUUUAUUUAAUUUUUAUACUUGCCCAUUUUGUGUGUUUGUUUCUCCUGUUUGUAAUAUAUUUUCUGUGUUGUAUGUUUCAGUGGCAACAUUGAUAAGGGGAAGUGAAGUUUAGAGACAUUAGUUGCUACUGUAUUGAGAGUAAAAUUGAAUUUGUUUUGAAACAUAUAGAUAGAAACAGAGUCGGUCUAAAGAUUUUUGAGCAAAUGGUUCACAAAAGGUUAUGUCUGGAUGAUACAGAUAUUGUUAGCAUUUCUGUGUAUUGAAUGAAUGUGAGUAUAAGGUUGAAAAGAGUGGCAAAAAUAGACUUAGGGUUUGGUGUGCCAAUAGGUUUAACAGUAGAGGAACUGUUGUGUGUAAAUGGUUUGUUUUUGCUUCUAAACUACCAAAACAGUCCACAUUUGUAGCUGAGGGUAGUAAGGAUAGACUUAGGGUUUGGUGUGCCAAUAGGUUAGGCAGAUGAGGUUGAAGAACAAGUGUAAGGGUAGUAAGGAUAGUCGAAAUAGAACUGCAGACCCUUUAUUUGUAGCUGACAUUGUAAUGGAUAAGAUGAAGAAUAGCUCAAUGAAAGUAAUACCAAAACCUAAACAAAUUUGUAAUGAUUUCGAGGCUUCUCACCUCAUUAAAAUUUCUUACCAAACUGCAUGGAAGGCUAGGAAUUUAGUAUUAGAAAAACUACAUGGGAGUUAUGAAGACAGUUUCAAAGAUAUUCCACAGUUUUGUUAGAUGGUGACUGAUACCAACCCUGGUUCAGUUGCAAACUUCUCAUAUUGCCAUACUGACAUGAGGUUUGAGUCAGUGACCAUCAGUUUUGCUGAAGCUAUAAAAGGAUGGCGGGAAGGGUGUAGAUCAGUUUUUGGGCUUGAUGAUUUCCAUCUGAAUGGUAAAUGUGGUGGUAUGUUGAUGGCUGCAACAUGAUUAGAUGGUCAAAAUGGAUUGGUAACAUUAGGAAUAGGGGUUUUUAGCUCUGAGACAAUUGAGAAUUGGACAAUGUUUCUCACUGACUUGAGAGAUAUGCUUAAUUCACAUCCAAUGCCUCUGACCUUCAUUUCAGACAGGAAGAAAGGGAUACUUGAAGGUGUUCAAGCUGUGUUCCCAAAAUCACAUCACAGAUAUUGUUGGAGGCACUUAUAUUUGAACUUCAAGAAACACUACAAGGGACAAAAACUGUAUGCCUCACUAUGGAAUGCAGCAAAAUGUUACAAACUGAUGCAUUUCCAGAAACACAUGGAAGAGAUGAGGCAAGAAAAUCCCUUGGCUGUGAAGUACCUAGAAGAUGCUGGUGUUGAGUCUUGGUCUAGGGCUUUCUUUGAUGACACUAGUAAAUGUGAACACCUAAACAAUAACUUUUGUGAGUCCUUGAAUUCCAUGGCAAAAAAUCUUAGGGACAAACCAAUCUGUAAACUAUUAGACCUUUACAAUCAGUUGGUUAUGGGUAUUUUUCAUAAGAGAAGAACAGAGAGUGCAACAUGGAAUCCUAAAAAAUUGGUUCCAAAAGCAAUGAAACUGAUUGGGAAGAUAUUAAAGUUAGUUGGUGCAUUUGAUGUUCUACCACCUGUUUUGGGAAAAUAGGUUACAAAUGUAGGUAGCAAAGCAGUUUUUGUUGUUAACUUGGAAACAAAACAGUGUAGUUGUCUUCAAUGGCAAAUGAGAGGUUUUGUUUGCCAACACGCAGUUUGUUGUUUGAAGUCAUUGAGACCAGAUUGGACAAAGUACUGCUCUCACUAUUAUAUUGUUGCUGCAUACAGGGCCACAUAUGCACCAGCUAUUGCUCCAUUUACUGGAAAAGAUGACUGGCCUGAGGUGGUGAUGUUGGUCAGAAUCCUAAGGAAAAGAGGCCAAGAACUCAAGUAGAUGGUGCUACCUUCACCAGUAGACACCUGCACCCAUUUCUGAAAAAGGUAAAGCUAAGAAAAACAAGACAAGUUGGAAGGGUAAAUCAUCUCAAGCAUCUGCAGCUUCAGCUCCAUCUACUACAAAGAACCAGAAAAUGACUCAGGCAUUCUCAAGUGUUGGAUAUGUCCAACAAACAGUGAAGCAGACUUUUACAAAGAUAAAGAAAUACACCAAGACAAAAUGGUGAUAAUCUGCAGCAGUUUACUUGUGUCUUGUUGAGUUGCAGUUUCCUUUUGAAUGGUUUUUGGUUGAAAACUCUUAGUGAUGCAGUUUUAUCAGGCUUUUAUAUGAACAAUAGUGCUAUGUUGUGUUAUUUUGGAUCAUCUAUAAAUGAAGUACUUUUUAUUCCCACAA